AUGGAUAUGGAAACAUAUGUUCCAGAAGAACAUAUUAUUCAAUCAGAAAAAGAUGAAAAUUUAAUCAAACAAGAUGAUGAUGAAGAAGAAGAAGAUGAAGAAGUUGAAGAAGUUAACAAUUUAUCAUUAGAAACAUUAACUACUUAUGAUAAUUUUUUAAAAGCUGAACCAAUACCAAAACGAAAAUAUCCUCAAUCAACAGAAUUACCUGAAACAAUAACAAUUCUUAAAGAUAAUAUAACUAAUGGAACUGUUUAUCUAGUUGGAACAGCACAUUUUAGUGAAAAAAGUCAACGUGAAGUAGCAGAAAUAAUUCAAAUGACUCAACCAGAUAUUGUUAUGGUUGAAUUGUGUCAAAGUCGAGUAAAUAUCCUUUCAUUAGAUGAACAAACAUUAAUGAAAGAAGCAUCAGAAAUGAAUAUGCAAAAAAUGCGAACGAUUAUUAAAGCAAAUGGGGUUAUUCAUGGAAUAAUUCAUGUACUUUUAUUAAGUAUGACAGCUCAUUUAACAAAACAAUUAGGAAUGGCACCAGGUGGAGAAUUUCGAACGGCUUUUCGUGAAGCACAAAAAGUUGUUGGUUGUAAUGUAGUACUUGGUGAUCGUCCUGUUGGUAUAACAUUAAAACGUGCAAUAAAUUCCUUAUCAACAUGGAAAAAAAUUCGUUUAGCUUGGUCUUUAUUAACAUCAAAAGAUAAAAUAACAAAUGAAGAUGUUGAAAAAUGUAUGGAACAUGAUAUGCUUGAAAAGCUAUUAUUAGAAAUGAGUGAUGAAUAUCCUGAAUUAUCUCGUGUUUUUGUUUCUGAACGUGAUCAAUAUCUUUCAUAUUCUUUAAGAAAAUGUGCACAACAAAUUCCAAUUGAAACAAAUCAAACUGGUUUUGUUCCAGCAACAGUUGUUGGUGUUGUUGGAAUUGGUCAUGUACAAGGAAUUAUUAAACAAUGGAAUCAACCACCUAUUAAUGAUGUUCAACAUUUAAUGAAAUUAACAAUUAAUGAUGAACCAAUUCGUCGUUCUUCAGUUUGCAAUUAUGCAUCAGUAUCAUUUAAAAUAGCAUGUAUUGGAGCUGUUGUUGCGGCUGUUGUGCAAUAUACUCGUUAUCGACUUCGUUAA